UGGCAAGGGGUUAGCAAGCCUUGCCACUUGUCCAUGGUCCACAUUUAGCAAGUCAAGUGAUAAGCUGUUAUCUGCACCUUAUAGUCGUCGCUGUCGCCUUUGGGGUCAUUCUUGUCGUCCGCUCCGCUCUUCUUUUUUACGACGUUAUUGAAAGAAUUGAUCGAUCAAAUCUUGCACUCUGUGUGGAAUAAAUUACAUAUCUUAAUUUGUCUUACUUCUAUUCAUAUAUAGAGUAAUUGUACAAUCGAGAACGAGACUGGCUGACCAUGUCAAGAAAUCGUAUUCUGUUGGUUGGAGAGGGGAAUUUUUCCUUUGGGAACAUCCUGUCCCAAGCAUUGGAAUCAGCAGCCGAUACCGAUUCGGGAGUGUACAGCAGCUCCUCUUCAUUACGAGAGAAGUUAUCUUUAUUGGAAGAAGAUUACGACGCCGCCACCGCCACCACCACUCCCACUCCGCACGAGUUCCAAAUUAUUGCUACAGAUUGCAACAAGGACUUCUUGCAUAACCCAACCAAUGAUCCUUCCCGACAAAAACAGAUUAAUCAGAUCAAAGAAAAUAUUUCUUUAAUUAAAGCAAAUGGGGGGAUCGUUCUUCUUGAUGUGGACUGUACUUCUCUAGAACGUCACCACUACUUGUUCCAACACCGAGAUACCAUCGACAAGAUUAUUUUUAAUUUCCCACAUGUGAAACGAACUAAAAUGCAUAUAGGGCUGAAUCGCAAUUUGCUAUCUAAUUUUUUUCAAUCCGCCGGCAAAUUUCUGAAAAAUGCGAAGUCUGAUGUAGAAGUGUUAGUGACGUUGUGUUCAGGACAGAGUGGGAUCAAUGAGGUUGAAAAGAAGCAGAGAGACUGGGCAGAUUCAUGGCAAGUCAUUGAACAGGCCGCUUUAGGAUCGUUUAUUCUGAAGCGAACAGAAUCAUUUCCUGAUUUUUGGGUCAGAAUCUCAUCAGGUAGCAAGAAACAGCUGGAAUUGUUGUACUCUAGCUCCGGAUAUCGAAACAGACCUUCCUCGUUCAAUUAUGAAGACGCGACCACCUUCACAUUCGUCCAGCGGAGUCCUCCCACCCCAAAUUUCAUCGAGAUUUCUGGGAUUUCCAUCGCCCCACUCACUUCUAUCAGUGACGAUAGUGCUGAUUGGGACGAUGACACUGUUCAGACGCAGAGUCAAAUUAAGACGAAUGAAUAUCAAAACACGCUGGAUCCGUUAAGCAUCGAUGAAAGCUUGGCGUUCCAAAUGUCCUCAAUGUAUGAAUCGAUAAACAAAGAGAACAGUCCAUAUCACGUGUUUCAGUUUUGCAGCAAUUUCUUUGUCGGCGAUGAUGACCAUGCACAACUUUCCCUUAGACUAAAUUUUGAAGACCAAGUUGUCUCCGACUUCUACUCGGCAGUCACGGUCUGGAUCAAGUCUACAAAAGUGGCCAAAACGAGCUCGAUGUUUAACAAAUUACGGUCUUUUUUAGGCAACAUAAGUUCCGAUGAUGUAAGCUUUUCAAAGAAAGACGAAAUUUGUGAUUAUCAGCAUCAAAAGUUUGAAGUUUCCGUGAAAAAAAUUUACAUUGGAGACAUCAAUUUUCCUAUACCUAAUGAAGACAAAGGAUACUGGGACCUUCAUUUAAACAAUUUGCUCAAACUGCGACUACCCUUGGGUACAGAUAUGCAAUGCAUCUUCUCAGAAUAUAGCGACAUGAAUAAUUUCACACACAGUUUAUAUCCUCGAACAUUUUUUUAUGAAACCUCCCUCUGGGCGAAGGGUCCUCAUUUAUGCCCAUCAACAAAAUGUCUGAAUGAAGAAACGGAUCCCAUCCAAAUAUUUAAAAAUAUCACAAAAGUAGCCGUCCUCGUAUAUGGUCCACUACUCAAAGAGAUCGACAAAAUUCCAGGCGAAGAAUUUACCAAGAAGGAGGACAAAUCAUUCGGAAAAUGUUUAAAUUGUGGACAGUAUUUUACUAAAAUUGCCUACAACUACUGCCUGGAGCUUCAAUCAAUCGAUAAACCCUUUUCAAGAAAAGUUGCGAACUCAUUCAAUGACGCCUUCAGAUCUGCAAUAAAAACUUUUUUAGUCGAAGUGGAGGUGCGCUAAACUCACUCCUUAUUUUAUGGUGCUCGUAUAAAUAAGUCAAUUAAAUUGUAAUCCAGAGUUCAGAAACCAACCGAAUUAUAGUUCAAUCUUUUAAUCACCAUCUUAGUCACCAUUUUAGUCACCAUUGUUAAAAUGGUUAAUCGAAAUGUUAGGUACGUAGGAGUGAUAUGAUUAAUACUCAGAAAUAUUUUGUUACCCAUGCAUAAUGUUGUUAUUUAGCUGCAUGAAUAUUUUCAAGAAUAAAAUAAAGAGAAUGAAUUAAUAAGAA